GUUGGCGGGAAGUUUAGGAAGCGAUAUUGGCGCUGACGGUGGGCGGUGCGCAAGGCCCGGGCCGGGAAGACGCGACCGCAGUGGCACAGGCGCUCCUCUAGUGACCGGGGUCGUGGAGAGAGUCACCUACGGCCUUGUGUUUCAGGGACGGAGGCUCCGACUCCGGUCUCUCAGAGGUGUGGAAGUCGAAGAUCUCUUCCCGGGCGCUGCGCCGCCCUUCCCGGGACCAGCCCCUUCGGCGUCAGAACCGCCCCACCCAGCCGAGACCGGUAGCUGCCACCGGGAUAGCGGAGACUGGUCGACCUGGGGACCCCGCAGCCUCCUCCUGGGGUCCUUCACCAGGAUGACUUCAGUGACUAGGUCAGAGACUGUAGAAGUGCUAGAAGAGGAACCAGAGACAUCUCAGACUCAUGAUCAUCAGUUGGAAUCAGAUCCCAACCCAGUGGACAUUAUUAAUAAACCAUCUGCUUCCCUGGAGAUCACUCAAGGUGUUUCACAGGAAAGAAUUCACCUUGAGUCUAGCCCUAAAAAUGGAAGAAGUUGUGAUCUCAGCCACCAGGAAGGACUUCAGCCCACAUCCCUUCAUUUGUCCCCUCAAGAACAAUCUGCCCAUCAUCAAGACAGAAGACAGUCCUGGCGGCGAGCAAGUAUGAAAGACACGAACCGGCGGAAGUCACUCCCUCCCUUUCAUCAGGGCAUCACAGAGCUCAGCAGAUCCAUCAGUGUCAACUUACCAGAAAGUAAACGACUUGGCUCUCUCCUGCUUUCCAGUUUUCAGUUCUCUGUUCAGAAACUUGAACCUUUCGUAAGGGGCACUGAGGGCUUCAGUCUUGAAAGUUUUAGAGCCAAAGUAUCGUCUCUUUCUGAAGAAUUGAAACAUUUUGCAGACAGACUGGAAAGUGAUGGAACUCUGCAAAAAUGUUUUGAAAAUUCAAAAGGAAAAGAAUCCACAGAUUUGUCUGUGGAAACAUCAGUGGCUGAGAUGAAGGAAUAUAUAAAAAAAUUUUCUUUAGAGCGUCAGAAUUGGGAUCAGCUCUUGCUGCACUACCAGACAGAGGCUCAAGAGAUAAUACCCAGAGGCUCCCCUGAAACCAGAGUUACUGAAGUUAAAGUGGAACCUACGACAUAUCUUGGGUCUUCCCAGAGUGAAGUCCUUAACACCAAGCCUGACUACCAGAAAAUAUUACAGAACCAGAACAGAAUCGUUGAUUGUAUGGAGUUGGUGAUGGAUGAACUGCAGGGAUCAGUGAAGCAGCUGCGUGCGUUUAUGGACGAAAGUACCCAGUGCCUCCAGAAGGUGUCAGUACAGCUUGGGAAGAGAAGCACACAACAAUUACAUCCCUCACCAGCUCGAAAGUUGCUCAAGCUUCAGCUAUGAAAACCACCUACCACAUACUACUCUGGAUCUUGUUAGUGACCUUCUGUAGCUUUUCUGCCACAGGCCCUUUAAGGAGAGGGCGGGAAGAGGCCAGCAUGUGGUAGCUAUGGCCGUCUGAGCUGAGGAUUCCGUAAAGCACUUCAGUUUUUUUCCCCCAAAGGUGAUGGGACUUAAGCAUUGAAGAGUAUCAGCAUUUUUCCCAAGAAUGUGCAAACUAUUGAAAUUUCUGUUUUGGCAUGACCUUCAGAAUUAGUGGUCCAUUCUUUUAAGUAUCCUUCACGGUCAGAAAUCUUUAUUUUGUGAGGAUUUUUAGGUUUUGAAACAAUUCAGAGACAUUCAAGAUCAAAGCCAGUGAAAUAUUUUAGGGGUCAAGUUGGGUUUUAGUUGUAAAGGAGUGAAACUGAUUAUCUAGUGUAACUCUGAAGGUGAUUUUAGGUAGAGGAGUUGGAACAUUGUUUGCAUCAUGUUAAUACAUACAUCACUUCACAAUAUGUCCAAAUGGACGGAAAUAGUACUUGUUCUCUAUGCCCUGAUGUCCACGGUAUGCUUUGGCUUUCAAUACUAAGCUGACGUCCUAAAUCCUGGAUUCAUGGCAAGAAUGGUCUAAGUGCUCCCUUUUCAUGGUUAAUAAUCUGCUUUAUAAAAUUUCACAUAAUUAAAAACUUUCUUUUG